AUGACUGAAAAGCUUGGAACUCGGGUGCAAGCUGCUGAAAUGGGCUUUCUUAGACCAGUCGCUGGCCGUAUGCGUCUUGAGAUGGUCCGCAAUAAAGGCACAUGGAAGAGCCUUGGUGAACAGCCUUUGCUUCUCCAGAUUGAGAAGUCACAGCUGCGAUGGUUUGGUAUGUGUGGCGAAGGCUUGGAGAAAGGAAGGCAAAGCAACUGUUUCUUGCGGAACGAUCCGGAAGAAGAGUCAGGAUCGGCCAAGAUUAACCGGUACAAAUAUACGGAAGGAGUCUGUUCCAAACUCUGGUCGUCUUCUGCCGAAGCUCCGACUGUGGCACAGGAUCGGGAACGUUGA